AUGAAGUGUGUCCUAUUAACCUUACUGAUUGUGACUGGUGUUGUUCCAUUCAUUAGUGAAGAAGCGGGAGACUUAGGUCAAAUGCUGUACUUAUCAUAUCUGAAAUCUAGUUACAAGCCCUGUGUGGGGACUCUGAUUGCCCCUCAGUGGGUGGUGACAGCAGCACACUGCUUCUUACCAGAUCUCCAAGUCAUCUUUUUUGGUGGUUCUCAAAGUUUUCAAGACUUUACAGGGGAGAUUAUACCUUAUGAGAAGAUCUUCAUUCACCCAAACUUCAAUGCCACUUCUCCUAAAAAUGACCUCAUGCUGAUAAAGUUGUCUGUACCUUUCACCUUUGUCACUGAGUUUUUUCAGUUGCCUACUCUUGUGAAUAAUAAAGUUAAAGAUUGCUUGAUUCACACCUGGUUACAGGGUGAAGAUUAUUUUGGAAAUAAAGAUUAUCACCUGCACAACAUUCGUAUACAAUUGAAUCCUCAUUUAGACUGCAAAAAAUUACUGGGUAAAAAAUUCCUUGAAGACAUGUUCUGUAUGCGAAGCAAAGUAGGAAGCCAAGAGCAAUGCCAGGUGGUCACAGCAGCACCAGUCAUAUGUGGCUAUGAAUUACAAGGAGUUAUGUCUUGGGCAACUGGAUGUAUUCUGACAGGACACACUAUUGUCUUCACUGACCUCUACAGCUACAGUGCAUGGAUCAAGAACAUUACUUCUACGAAAUAAGCUGAUCUGGAGCUCCACUGACACCCUACAUCCCAACUGACUCUUGGCAACCACAUUAUGUAUCUCAGUCCCAGGCUUUCUUAGGAUCUAGGCUUGGUUGAAGUUUCAAAAGAGAUCAGUGAUGACAUCUGGGUGUUGGCAUGGCUCUAGUUUCUUUCACUGCUUUCUUGUUUAUCCCCAACUCAUGAAUACCUGCUUACAACAUUGAAAACAUGAAUGUUGGUGUCAAGAAGUGGAGGUCACUCAAGAAGAUUUUGGAUCCUACUAAAAGCUACUUCUCUUAAAAUACUCUUUUUUCUAUCCUAAAAAACAAAAAAACAAAAAAGACAAGUAGAAAUGAGUGUCAAUAACUACCAGGCAUUCAUCUGGGCAACAUAUAAACCACAUGCCACAGUAUGUGAACAGUAAUUUGCUAAAAAUUGAUUAGAUGAUUUAGCAAUUCUUCUAAAGACCAAUUGUCUAUUGGGUCAGUGUGCGUGUGCAUGUCUAUGAGUGGUUGUCGUUAAUUUUUUUCAUUAGCUACUUAAAAGAUUCUAGAAUUCAAGUUUUGUUUAGGUUUGCUGAGGCUAUGCAAAGGUCAGUAUAAUUUUUGGAAUAAGGAUUUCUUUAUUUAAACAACAGCUAUAGUACAAAUAUUAUGAAUAUCAAGGAUUUAAUAAAUGGUAGGAUGAUUUUUUUCUAAUACAUUCUUACCCAUAAGGUGAGCCUAUCAUGCCAAGUUGCCACACUACUUUAAAACUUAUAAAAGGGCUUUCCACCCCCCCCCCCCCACCCUUUGUGGGCUUCCUGAGUGACUGUCAAGGGGUAGAAGGUACCAUCAAGAAUCUGAGUAAUUAUAUCCUGUGCAUGAACUUAGAUCAAUGAGCAAUGAGACAGGAUUGCUACACAAACUCCCACUGUUCUCUCCCUGCUGGGGGCUGCCCUGAGAUGUGGUUAUGUC